AAAAAAAAGAUAUUUUAUAAAAAAAUAUAGGUUGAGUCAUUCAGAUAGAUUCAAAUUAAAGAAAUAAAAGUUUUGUGUGGGGUUUCAGAUAAAAACUUUUUAAAAAUUAAAUAUAAAAAAGAGGUUAAAAAUUAUAAGAUUUAUUACAAUAUAAAUAAAAUAUGGCAAAAGAAAUAAUAAUAGAAAAUAAAAAUGAAAACAACACAUUAAAAAUUAAAAAUUUCAAAUUAAAUCAAAUGAUAUUCAACGACAUUAUACCAUAUUUAAUUUAUAAAAAAAAAUUCAAAGUAUUAUUAGAGUUUUCAUUAAUUUCAAAACAAUCUUUUAAAAUAAUACAAAAUAUUGUGACUCAUCAACAAAAACAAUUAAGAUUGGUGUUGGGUGAUAAAAGUUCGAUGAUAUCGUACAUAGACAAUUGCAGUCAAUAUGAAAAUAAACUAAUACAAUAUAAAGAAAUGGAAUAUCUUAGAACAAGAGAUAAUGAUACAGAAUUGGAUUUCUUAAAGACAAAAUAUUUAGGUUUGGGUAGUUAUUGUAAAUUUAAAACCAACUGGAGGGUUUAUUCAAAGAGAAAUAGUAUCAAAUUUAAAGAAUAUAUUUUAAAAAACUGUCCCAGUAUGAAAAAAGUGCACUUGCAAAUAGAACUAUUAUCAAAAGUAUUUGACAGGGUGGACGGUGUAGAUCAAGAGUGCUAUGACUAUACAGAAGGUGGCUUUUAUAAAUUUGAUAGGCUAUGGACUGAAGUAUGGGCUGAUCAACUACCAGUUUCAAAUGGUGCAGAAUAUGACGAUGUAUGGAGUGAAACACCAGUAAUGCGUAGAUUGUAUAACUAUAGCUUUGAAUAUAUAAAUCUCUAUAAACCAAGAAAGUUUACAAUUACUCACUGCGACAGCACAUUAAUUUACAAUCCAUUCAAACUAUUGCAAUUAGAUUGUAUAGAAUCAUUGGAUGUACAGCACAGAACAUCAUCAAGGUUUAUAGAAGAAGCUUUAAAAUCAAAAACAUUAAAAACUCUUUACGUUUAUUUCAUCUCUGAAAAAAAAAUCGAAAAGCUAGAGCAAGAAGAACUAACCAAUCAAAGAUAUAAAGGAGAAGAUAAAGAUAAUGAUGAAGAUAAAGAAUAUGCAACUUUAAAAAUGGUGGAAAGUGGUGAUGAGGAUGAAGAAAAGGAUGUUUAUUACAGUAUUAGUAGAAAUGAAGUUAUCAUAAGGAAAAGUGAACUAUUAGGAAGAGAAUUGGUUAAAUCGUUCGAAGGAUUAUCCCAAAAUACUACCCUUAGAAAACUACAAAUAAAUAUCGAUCAAUACUAUUACUGUAGAAACCCUGCACCAUUAUUUGACCUAUUAAAAUCCAGUGGCAACCAAACAUUAAACAAACUUAGUAUACCUGGAUAUCGUAUAACUAGAAGCAAACUCCUUUCACCUCUAAUAGGUAUCCCUACAAUCACAACUCUUUAUUUUGAAGCAAGUUUUUUCUUCCAAUACAAUUGUAAAUCUUUCAAAGCAUUUUUGGACCAUGCAAAUCAAAAUCCAAAUAUUUCAACCUUCAAAUGCUUGUUAGUAUAUAAUGCUGCAGGAUUUAAACCAAUAUUAAAAAGACUAGGUCAAUAUUUUAAAGAAAAUACCAAUAAACCGAUUACCAUUGUACUAAUAUUUAGUAUCCCAUUUAAUUCAUUUACAACAAACCAUAACUGUGAAGAUAUUAAACAUCAAUUAAUUCAACAACUAUUAAUUAGUGGUAAUAACAACAUAAUCAAAUUACUAUUUAAAUAUAAAGUUGGUAAAAAAGAAUAUAAUAAUGAUAACGAUAAUGAUAAUUAAUAAAAAAAAAAAAUAAUAAAAUAAUAAAAUAAUAAAAUCAUAGUGGUGUUAUUUUUCGGUGUGGACUCUC